AUGGUAGGGCCCAUAGGGAUCCUCCAAAUAGUUAUAUCAUAUGCUGUAAAGCUUGAAUGGCUGCUAUUAGCUCUGACAUUGCAAUUGGGGAUACAAUUUCACUCAAGGGUUAUUGAGAUUGGCUUGGAAAAUAAUGUUUCUGUUGGAAAUGCACUCAUUGAUAUGUAUUUGAAAUGUUCUGGUGGAAUAAUCGACGCUUUUAAAGUAUUUGAACAAAUAAGGUCACCAAACAUCAUCUCUUGGACUUCCUUGAUUGCUGGCUUUGUUGAACAUGGUCUUGGAUACGAGGCUUUUCAAGCAUUUGAAAAGAUGCAGUUUGCAGGGAUAAUGCCAAAUUCUUUUACCUUGUCCAGUAUCCUUCAGGCUUGUGGAAUGAUGAAAUCUGCAAAUCAUACAAGAAGGUUUCAUGGAUACAUAAUCAAAAUGAACAUUGGCCAUGAUAUAGUUGUGGCGAAUGCUCUUGUUGGUGCCUAUGCUGGACUCCAUAUGGUUGAUGAUGCAUGGCGUAUAAUAGGUGAAAUGCAUCAUAGAGAUGUUAUCACAUAUACAAGCAUAGCGAGCAAACUUAACCAAUUAGGACUUUUUGAAAUGGCUUUGGAGGUGAUCAGUUACAUGCAAGAAGAUAACAUUGAGAUGGAUGGGUUUACCCUGUCCACUGUCUUGUCAGCAUCAGCCAGCUUAGGUGCAAUACUGCAGGGGAAGCAACUUCAUUGUUACGCUAUUAAAUCUGGCUUCAGUGGCUGGACCUCAGUCUCAAAUGGUUUGAUUGCUUUUUAUGGCAAAUGUGGGUGCAUGCAUGAUGUAAAGAGAGCCUUUGAUGAAGCUUGUCAGCCAGACGUAGUCUCAUGGAACAGCUUGAUUUUCAGCCUAGCAGUUAGCGGUCACUUCUCCUCUGCUCUCUCCACUUUUGAAGACAUGAAGUUAGCAGGAGUUAGACCUGAUUCCACAACAAUAUUGGCGGUUCUAUCUGCUUGCAGACGUUGUGGUUUGGUUGAUAUGGCUUUAGAAUAUUUUCAUUCUACUAGAGAAGCAAAUGAUGCAGUCCCAGAAUUAGAGCAUUACGUUUGUUUGGUUGACCUACUAGGCAGAGCUGGCAGGAUGCAGGAGGCAAUGGCUAUAAUAGAGACGAUGCCUUUCAGGCCUGAUGCAUUGAUCUACAAAACAAUGUUGAAUGCCUGCAAAAUACAUUCAGAUGUACCCCUUGGUGAAGAAAUGGCAAGUCGAGGUCUUGAACUUGAACCUUGUAAUCCAGCAUUUUAUUUGCUUCUUGCAGACAUGUAUGAGAACUCCGGCAAAUCUGACCUAAGAGAGAACCUGCGCAUGAUGAAAGAGAGAGGCAUAAUACAGAAAGAUUAUAGCAAUAGCUGGAUGGAGAAAAGCAACAUGGUCCCUCUGUUAAUUGCUGGAUAUGUACCAUCUUAACAUGAUACUUGAACAUAGCAGACAGAAUGUAAAGCUAAAAUGGUAUUCAUACAAAUGCUCGUGAGAAUCCUAAUCUCACAGUCUCAGAUUGGAAGUGGCACGUGGUCUUCUUUACAACAGGUUUGUAAGCAUCCCAGACAAUAUGUCUAUGCUUAUCAUGAUUUGUUGCGAAGAAGGCAACACAUGUUGAUAUUAUAGUUUCCUCGACAGACAACAGCUUCAGUGUUUUAAUGAGGUGAAGGUCCCAGUAAAGCUUACUGGAUGUGGUAUAAGCAAGAUAAGGAAAUGAACCAAUUGUGACUGAGCUGCUUUCAGAAUUCAGACAGAAAGAUGUUUUUGCUUCAUGAGAUGCUGAAAAGAUACAUUCUAACUGGCAAGUAACUUUUUUCUUUUUUUUUCUAGAUUCAAGUUCAUAUAACCGUCUCUAUUGUCAUUUUUCAGAGUUUCUCUGUUUAAAAAACUGUACUCGCUGGAGGAGAUUCUUUGACAACUAGUCAACUACAGUGAGGAGGUGAAGGGAUGUUAGCUAGCAGAAAUUUCGGCUUUCGGACCAAUGGCAACAACUCGUUUUUCAUUUACUUUGGAUUGUGGGAUAUGGUCGAUUUGGAUUUGAGAUUCUUAUCCAAAUCCUUUAUAUAUCUGGUUUCCCAAUAGGUAUCUGGAAUUCUGGACUUGAAAUCCAACAUAAAAU